AGUAACAAUCUAUCUCACCUUUCCAUAACCAUCGCACACCCAAACCCUUCCAAUAUCGAUAACACCCUGAACCAGAACAUGCAAAUUUAUCCCCAAUCUCAUCAUUUCAAAGAGAAUUAGACUGCAAUGAAAAAUGAUACCCCUUCACAGAUGUUACAGGUGGUGGAAUCAGUCUUGGACGAAAUGAAUUUGGACAAACCGCCUAAUUUAGCCCCCCAAGUUUUGAAUCCUUGGAAUCAAAGGUUCUGAUAUAGCUUAUGGACAAAUUUGAAAAAGAAAAUAGAGGCAAUGAAGCCAUGAUUCUGGGAAACCGCAACGAGAUAGGGGAUGAGAUGCAGUCCAGUGAUGGGACUUGCCCCUCUCUUGGUCAGGUACUCUGAUGAGCUUUGAAUGUGUGGUAUUCUGCUAUUUUUUAUUUUGUUUUAAUCUCCUAUCUAUAUGAAGAUUCUUUCCUGGAAUAUCAGAAAGUUGCGAAUAAGUUUACAAUUCACACACUCAAAGAGAUUGUUAGCUAGCAUAGGCCCGGCAUUACUGUGUUAGUUGAAACCAAAUGUAGUAGAGAUACUGCCAAUAGAGUUAUCAAAGAAAUGGGGUUCAUGUAUAACAUUCUGAAAAUGGCGAUUGGCUUCGUGGGUGGAAUAUGGGUAUUAUGGAAUAAUGAUGGCCUGAGAUUGAGGGUUGAUAUUUCUCACCAACAGUUUAUUCACCUAGAGGUUAAAGACUUGAAGAAAAGAGUGUGGUACUUGACAGCAAUAUAUGCCAACCCUCAUCCCCAAUAGAGGCACAUCUUAUAGGAAGCUUUGAAAGAUAUAGCUAGAGAUGUAAGGAAGGAAUGGAUGUUGAUUGGUGACUUCAAUGAUAUCAUAGAAGAGAUAGAGAAAAAAGGAGGAGCGCCUAUUGAUAGCACAACUUGUAACUAGUUUAGAGGAUAGAUUGAGGAGUACUGUUUAAUUGAUCUGGGAUUUAUAGGCUCCAAGUUUACCUGGAUUGAUGGUAUUAGAGAAGGCAGAGAAAAGACCUUUAAGAGACUAGACCGUGCCUUAGCAAAUUCAUCAUGGAGACUGACCUUUUCAGAUGUGAUUGUGAAUGUUCUCCCAAGAGUGAAUUCUGACCACCACCCCUUUUUAGUAGAUCUUAAACCAAGGAGAUUUGAUAGAGAUAAAAAUCUAUUUCGUUUUGAAGUGAUGUGGCUAACUCACCCAGAUUUUGCAGAUUUCAUACAACAUUGUUGGAGAAAUAAUUAUCAAUUAUGAGAGCACUAGAAUCAAUUAGAGGCAACCUUAAAACUUGGAACAUUGAGGGGUUUGGGCAUGUAAUGAAGAAGAAAAUAAGAAUCCUCAACUGCCUUUAAGGAAUUCAAAAUGCGGUAUCCUAUAGCAAUAACAUGUUUCUCCAGGAUUUGAAGAGUUGAAACAUGAAUUGGAGACUAUCUUGAACCGUGAAAAAAUUUUUUGUUACAAAAAUCUCGAUAACAGUGGAUUGUAGAGGGGGAAUAGAAAUACGAGGUACUAUCAUACAAAAAUUAUUAUUAUAAGAAGGAAAAAUAGAAUUAUCAAGUUGAGAAGGCAAGAUGGCAGCUUGUGUGAGAAUAGUAAAGAGUUGAUGGAAUUUAUCUGGAACUUCUACAAGGACCUGUAUAAAGAAAAUGAUGUGAAUAGGGCGCCCCUAAACACCAAUUGUAAAUUUUACAUAAUAAAAGAACAUGUUAACACUAGUAUAUAUUAAGUGCUCCUGGCUUUGAUGUCAUUAAAACUUCCCCUUUCAACAUAGGCUCUAUGAAAGCUCCAGGUGAAGACGAUUUUUCAGCCUUGUUUUUUAAGAAAAAGUGGUAGACUUUGGGGCACUCCUUUGUGCACUUUAUCAUUUUCCUAUCGAAUAACCCAAGUGAAAUUGCAAGUAUAAAUUAGACUCUCUUGGCACUGAUACCUAAGAAUAAUCAACUAGAAUUUAUAAAUCAAUUUCGACAAAUAUCUUUGUGCAAUGUGGUAUAUAAAAUCCUUACAAAGAUUCUGGUGAAAAAGCUAAAAUCCCUUCCAAAUGAUAAAAUUUCUCCUUGUUAGUUAAACUUUGCUCUUGGUCGUAUUAUAUAUGAUAACAUAAUCAUCGCAAAGGAAAUGAUACAUGAUAUGAGAAUGAUGAAAGGAAAAAAGAAAUUCACAGCCAUCAAAAUUGAUUUUAAAAAAGCAUAUGAUAGAUUAAGUUAGAUUUUUACUAAGAUGGCUUUUAGAAGAAAUGGGUGUAAGUAAGAAGAUCGUGGUGAUUAUAAUGAACUGUGUCACAUCUGUCUCUUGCAAAGUCCUUUAGAACAGGUGUAUAACAUAUGCAUUUAUCCUUACCUGCAACAUUAGACAAGGUGACCCUUUGUCUCCGUAUCUUUUUCUCAUUGCUAUGGAAAAACUAUCUCACAUGAUUGAAGAUAGAACUAUCAAAGGGGCUUGGAAACCAAUGCGAGCUAGAAGGGAUGACUUAUUGCUUUUUGCCGAAGCUUUAUGGCAGCAAAUGAAAAUGCUUUUAAGCACUCUCAGCGUGUUUAGUAAAGCAUUGGGAUUACAGAUAAAUGUGGCUAAAACAUUUAUACUCUACUCUAAAACUGUUACAACAGCAGAGAGAAGUGCAAUAAAUAGUGUGUGCACUUCAAGGAAGUCCCUUGUUUGGGACGCUAUUUGGGGGCUAUGAUCUCGAACUCGAAAAAAAAUAAAGGACAGUUUCAAGAUGAUUAUAGAGAGAUUUAAAGAGAAGCUUAAGGGAAGGAAAGUAAGAUGUUUGUCUAUGGUAGAGAAAAUCACUUUAGUCUAAUUAGUCAUCAACCCUUGUCUCAACUUUGAUAUGGCUCACACUAGGAGAAACUCCAACAAAGUUUUAUGUGGGGAAAGAAGAAUAACAACAGAAAAUUGCACGCUGUUAGCUAGGAAAGAAUGUGCAAACCAAAAGUUCAGGAGAGCUUAGGGAUUUGUAAGCUCAAUCUUAUUAAUAAAGUUUUUCUUAUGAAAACUUUGUGAAAAACUUUGACAGAGCCAAAUUCUUUGUGGGUCAAUAUGGUAUACGCUAAGUAUGGUAGAGGACAAGACUUAAUGUCUAAUAUUAUCUCUCACCUCUCGAAUUCUCCCUUCUAGAAAUAACUAGUUAAAGUAUGGAAAAGUAUAAGAGAACAUAUUGGCUAUAAUAUUGGUGAUGGCCGCAAAACAAAUUUUUGGAGUGAAUGGUGGGUUAAGGGUGAAGACAAGCUUAUUUUAAAGAUUACAACUGAGCUCGGAGAAGAUAUGAUGGAUGCUAAAGUUCGCGACUUUGUCCUUCAAAAUGGUGAGUGGAAUAUGAACCUUUUGAGGCAAUUCCUCCCUAAUGACUCUAUAAAUAAAAUAAGAGCUUUGUUGCCACCCAAUGAUAAAAUGGGAAUUCUUUUGAAAAGGAACAAGCAAUGCUAACUUUAUUGUGGCAAGUGCUUACUUUAUGAUUACAAAGGAGAAAGGAUAGGAAUAUAUGGCAUGGAAAAUUAUCUAACAAUGGAAAGGUCCAUAGUGCAUAAAAUGCUUUAUGUGAAUGAUCCUUCACAAGAGACUAUUGACUGCAAGUUGAAGAGCAAAGCUGUUUGGAAGCUAUCCGAUCUGCUACCUCUAUGACAGAUAGCAAGAAACGCUCCUCCUAAGAUAUUGCACAUCGGCGACUAAAAUCUGGUUUGUUGGCCCCACAAUUUUCCGUAGCUUUCAUACUCAAAUUUGGUGAGCCAAUGAGUACAUAUAUUGAGAGACUGUAGGCCUACUGCUUCACAAGAACAGCACAGCCUCAAAUUGUUCUGAAAGAUUUGCUGAUUACAAUUGUUGAAUUGGCUUACAGAUCAUGGAGGGAAAACACUCUGUUCCAAGUAUGACCAAGCCUACUAAUAUCAUACAAAAUCAUGACUUCUCUGAAGGGCUAAGCUUUUGGCAUCCGAAUGGCUGUGACGGCUAUGUUGCUUCAACUGAACCAGGUCCUCAAGGAGGAGUGACAAUGACAUUAGGUGCUAAAUAUGCUGUUAUCACAAACAGAAAGGAAUGGUGGCAAGGUCUUGAGCAAGAUAUCACUGGAAAAAUCUCUGUCGCUUCCACUUAUGCUGUUUCGGCCAAUGUUGGAGUAGCUGCACUUUCUGAGGGAUCUGCUGAUGUUCUAGCUACCCUGAAACUAGAGUAUCAUGGUUCUGAUGCAAGCUACCUGUUCCUUGGGAGAACUUCUUGUACAAAUGGUAGCUGGGAAAAUCUGAAAGGGACAUUUUCAUUGUCAACUAUGCCUGAUCGAGUUACAUUUUAUUUGGAAGGACCUGCUCCUGGAGUUGACCUUCUUAUACAAUCAGUAGAGAUUACCUGCUCUAGUUCAAGUGAUAUUGAGGAUCAUGCAAAAACAACAGGAACUUUGUCAACUGAAGAUGAUAACAUCAUAAUAAACCCACAAUUUGAUGAUGGCCAGAAUAACUGGUCUGGAAGAGGCUGCAAGAUCGCAAUACACGACUCACUGGGAAAUGGAAAAGUCCUUCCCAAGGUUGGAAAAUUCUUUGCAGCUGCAACAGAACGCACCCAAAGAUGGGUUCAGAAUCCGGAUUCUCGAGAGCAGUAUAUAGGAAUUGCCAAUGUGCAGGCAACAAAUCAAGAUUGGGUUCAAUUGCAGGGAAAGUUCCUCAUAAAUAAUUCCCCAUCAAAAGUGGUUGUUUAUUUAGAAGGUCCCCCAGCAGGCAUUGACAUUCUUGUCAAUACUAUUGUUAUAAAACAUGCUCCCAAGACACCUCCAUCAACGCCACCAGAUUUUGAGGAUGCUCCUUUUGGGAUUAAUAUAAUUGAGAAUAGUAAUCUGGCUAAUGGCACCAAUGGAUGGUUUCCCCUUGGUAAUUGUACUCUGAGUGUUGGAACCGGUUCGCCACGUGUGCUUCCACCAAUGGCAAGAGACUCUCUUGGACCUCACGAAUCAUUGAGCGGCCGCUAUGUCCUUGUAACGAACCGCACCCAAACAUGGAUGGGGCCUGCGCAGAUGAUCACUGAGAAAUUGAAGCUGUUCUUAACAUACCAAGUGUCUGCUUGGGUGAGGAUUGGUUCAACAGGAUCAGUUGGUCCUCAGAAUGUGAAUGUUGCCCUUAGUGUUGACGAUCAGUGGGUGAAUGGCGGACAGGUUGAGGUUGCUGAUGACAGAUGGCAUGAAAUUGGUGGAUCAUUUAGAAUUGAGAAGCAACCAUCAAAGGUUAUGGUUUAUAUUCAAGGUCCUGCUUCUGGUGUUGAUUUGAUGAUUGCUGGACUUCAAAUCUUCCCUGUUGAUAGACAAGCAAGGUUUAGAUAUUUAAGGAGGCAGACAGACAAGGUUCGAAAGCGCGAUGUAAUCUUGAAAUUCUCUGGGCUGGAGGACAUAAGUGGUCUAGGAACUUUGGUUAAAGUGAGGCAAAUACAGAACGAUUUUCCAAUUGGAACAUGCAUCAACAGAACAAACAUUGACAAUGAAGACUUUGUUGACUUCUUUGUGAAGCAUUUUAACUGGGCUGUGUUUGGGAAUGAGUUGAAGUGGUAUUGGACAGAACCACAACAGGGGAAUAUCAACUACAAAGAUGCUGAUGAAAUGUUAGACUUAUGCCUCAAGAACAAGAUAGAAACCCGCAGCCACUGCAUCUUCUGGGAAGUAGAAGGCACAGUUCAGCAGUGGAUCAAAUCACUGAACAAAGACGAUUUGAUGAAAGCGGUCCAAAAUCGGUUAAGCAGCCUCUUGAAUCGGUACAAGGGGAAGUUCAGGCACUAUGAUGUUAACAAUGAAAUGCUGCAUGGUUCAUUUUAUCAAGACAGGCUUGGUAGAGACAUAAGAGCAAACAUGUUCAAGACAGCACACCAAUUAGACCCAUCUGCUACUCUCUUUGUGAAUGAUUAUCACAUUGAAGAUGGAAACGACACAAGAUCAACACCAGAGAAAUACAUUCAACAGAUUCUUGAUUUGCAACAUCAAGGUGCACCAGUUGGUGGAAUUGGAAUUCAAGGACACAUAGAUAGUCCUGUGGGGCCUAUUGUUUGUUCUGCACUUGAUAAAUUAGGGACUCUUGGUUUACCAAUAUGGUUCACUGAGCUUGAUGUUUCUUCAAGAAAUGAGUAUGUUAGAGCUGAUGAUUUGGAAGUUAUGAUGAGGGAAGCCAUGGCACACCCUUCAGUAGAUGGCAUAAUGCUGUGGGGAUUCUGGGAAUUGUUUAUGAGCAGGGAGAAUUCACACUUGGUGAAUGCAGAAGGUGAUGUUAAUGAAGCUGGAAAAAGGUUACUUUGUCUUAAACAAGAGUGGUUGUCUCAUAGCCAUGGCUGUGUUGAUGAUCAAGGACUAUUCAGCUUCAGAGGCUUCAGUGGAACAUACAAUGUUGAAGUUGUAACCUUAUCUAAGAUUGUUUCAAAGACAUUUGUUGUUGGUAAAGGUGACUCUCCUUUGGAGGUAGAGGUAUCCUUUGACUAGUAUUGUGCUGCUUUUAUUUGUGAAUUCCAUUAAUUUCUUUUAAAUAAAAUAUAAUUUUAUUACCAAAUAACUCACUACUCUCAAUGAUAUAUGUAUAUGCUAUGUAUGUGAGUGUUGCCCUUUUCGAAAAGAUAUGAAAUAAGAACUAGAGUCUUGGACAUUGGCUACAACAACAAGUCUCACUAGAUGGGUCAGUUACAUGGAUCAAAAAAUGUCAUUAAACUUUAUU